GCAGGAUAGGACAGAUUUAACCAUCGGUCCUCGGCCCCGGGCUUAUGUUCGGGUACAAGCUGCGAUAUCUUUUAUUUUGAACUGUUGAAUUGUUAACCUGCAUCAUCGGUUUGUAAGUAUUUUGGAAUUUACUAGCAUGAACUAGUAUAUCAACGUCAUUUGAGACUCCGCGCAUUAUAGGUCAAUUUUUGGAACAAAUUAGUUAUCCUAUUUAUGUAAAAAAACACUUUGGAAAUAAAAGCGGGAAGGAAACAGUUCUUGUACUCGAAAGAUGAAGAGUCUGUUUGUUAAAUUGGCCGCAUUUGCUGCAUCGGUUUGAGGAACAGGUGGUGGGCGAGAUACUCGGUGACAUCUGGAUCAAACAUCGGACGCAAUCAGCAUGGAGAUUUGCCACCGCUGACUUCCUAAAAGCGGACUCGGUGAAGGAACAUGCCUAUUACCAACAGGAUGAUAGCCAAUAAGACAGCGGCGUUAAAUUGGACAGGAACAACUUACAAUUCAAAGCCCAUUGAUCGAGUGAAAACAGAUGGUGAGAAGUUUCUCCUGAUUGUCAAGGAGCCACCGAGGGUUGAACCUGAACACAUUGUUAAUCAGCAUCUGAAUUCCACUCAGAAGAACUCAACAAAGAUCCUGAUUAGUACACAGGCAGUUGAUGGCACAGAGGUGAAGUGUCCACUAAAGCCAGUCAACAGCUGCAUUACAAAGCCCAGACUGACUUACAGUGAGCAAACAAUGCUGAACCAAAAAUUUGUCAUCAGUAGCCCAAGGCUGGACAUCAACAGCAUCUCAGAAAAUGAACACUCCGUGCAGAAGCCAUUAAAGAACACUUCCAGGCAAAGCUAUUCUCCUAAUAAAACUGGUAUCGUAGUUAGGAAUCCAAGCAUUAAGGAAAAAAUUUCAGAAUGGGAGGGUAAGAAGGAACUGGUGUUAUCAACAGAAAAAGAAAAAUUGGUAAAUAAAGAAACCAAGGAACUUGAUGACAAGUCUGAGCUAGUGAAGCAGGUUGAGGAGAAUGUCGCUAAGAAGGCUGAAGGUAAACAUGCAAGUAUUUGGAAUUUAGAAAGCAAGGAUGCUGGGAAAGAAAAUGAAUACAAGGUAGAUGAAGGGAAAGCAAGGAUUCUGCAGGCUGAAAGCAGGUUGCUUGAGGUCAAAGAGAACGAGAUAAUGAAGUCUGAUAUCAUACAAGUUUGUGGAAAAGCAAAAGAAGUUGUGCGCACGAACUUUUCCACAACACAGCCCUUGACAAGAGAGAGAACAACUGUAUCGAGCCACAUCAAGAAGCUGGAGGAAAAGGCAAAGGAAGAUUCGGUGACAAGCCAGCUUAAGUUACCUGGUGAUUACUAUACACCUCAGAGACUUCAAAAGGCACUGGUCGCCCAGGGAACAUCACCCUCCAAGGAGAAAAAGGAUGGCAGCUGCAGCUCAGAACUCAAGCGUAAGCACAUCCAGUCCAAUUCUGACACGGAAGCAAGCGAGCCUAUCUUUGGGACUGUGGAGAAGGUGAAGGUCACCUGGGCAAGCUGUAAAAUUCGAAAUGUGGAGAAUGUCUACUCAGAACCUGGAACUCCUGACCAUGACCUUGCAGUGAAUCCUGUGCCCAAGCCUAGGCGAACGUUUGAGUAUGGUACUGAAAAAAUGGCUGGCCUUUGUACGUUAAGGAAGAGCACUCGGCAGUUGCCGGACUUGCCAGUCAUCCCCCCACCGCUCCCAUUGACACCUCCUCCUACUGUCAGCACAGGAGCGCUAAAUGGGAGAAUAAGGUUAAACUCUAAAGAUAACCGUCGGAAAUCUUUUGAAUUUGAAGAUGUAAAAGACCUUCAAAGUCUUCAGUCUCCUAAUUUCUGCAGAAAUGGGCAGGUGGAUUGGUAUGCUCAGUCAAAGUUGGCACUGAACUGCGCUUUAUCAGAAGAAAACAUAUAUGAGGAUAUCCUGGAUAUUCCCAAGGAAAACCCUUAUGAAGAUAUAGAAUCUGCAGACAGGCACCCACUAGGGAAACAGUGCACUCAAGUUCAUCCUUCUUCAGCUAGCUCCACGCCCAAACCAGGAUCUCCAUCAGAAAACAGACCAGACACACCCACAAAGCUUCCUUUGAAAACUCCCUCCCUCUUUCGACACUCCUCAGAGAGGAGGAGUUUCAAACUGCUGGAUCUCAGAAAAAUCAGUAAAGAUGGCAUUAGUUCACCACCAAAAGCCAGCCCACCUUCCACCCCAAGCAGUCCAGAUGAUACUCUAAGCCUGGCAGGAGACUCUCAAUUAUUAAAAAGAAGAAGAAAGAUUCCUAAGGUGGUGUUGAAGAUUAAUGCAAUCUAUGAGGCCAGGAGGGGGAGGAAGAAAGUAAGAAGGAUCACUCAUCCUUCUGAGGCCAGCACGGGAAGAGUUACAGACGAAAACAGUGAAACUGACAGUGAGACUGAAGAGAAACUUAAAGCUCACAGUCAGCGUCUUGUGUUGGUUAAGUCCUUGCUGAAACAAAAGAGUCGCUAUCGAACCUUGGAGAGAGAUCUCAUUGAGUUCCAGGAAUGGCAGUUAUUUGAGUUCUUUGUGGUGGUCGCUCUCCACGUGAGGAAGGGAAGCAGUGUGUAUGUUCCUGAGGUCACCCAACAAUUUCCUCUGAAGCUGGAUAAACCAUUCAAGUUUAUGCGGGAAACAGAAGAUCAGUUAAAAGUUAUUCCACAAUUCUGCUUCCCUGAUGCCAGAGACUGGGCUCCUGUUUCUGAAUUUCCCAGUGAAACCUUUUCUUUUGUCCUGACUGGAGAAGAUGGGAGCAGACGAUUUGGAUAUUGCCGGCGCCUGUUGCCCACUGGGAAGGGGAAACGUCUGCCGGAGGUUUACUGUAUUGUCAGCCGGUUGGGUUGUUUCAACCUCUUCUCCAAGAUCUUGGAUGAGGUAGAGAAACGACGAGUGAUUUCUCCCGCUCUUGUUCAGCCGUUCAUGAGAAGCAUCAUGGAAGCACCUUUCCCUGCUCCAGGGCGAACCAUCACUGUCAGAAACUUCCUUCCAGGAUCAGGGAAUGAGGUGAUCCAGCUCUGUAGGCCCCUGGACUCCCGAUUAGAACAUGUGGACUUCGAGUGUCUUUUUUCUUCACUGAGCAUCCGCCAGCUGAUUAAAGUCUUUGCUUCCCUUCUGUUGGAGAGGAGGGUGAUUUUCACAGCAGAUAAACUCAGUACCCUAUCCAAGUGCUGCCAUGCAGUGAUGGCACUUCUAUAUCCUUUUGCCUGGCAGCACACCUACAUCCCUGUUCUACCUCCAUCCAUGAUUGACAUAGCCUGCUCUCCAACUCCAUUUUUGAUAGGACUUCUCUCCAGCUCCCUGCCCAAGCUGAAGGAUCUGCCACUCGAAGAGGUGCUUGUAGUUAAUCUUGGGGCAAACAAGUUUCUCAGGCAGGUGGAUGAUGAGGAUUCCAUUUUACCACGUAAACUGCAGGUGGCACUGGAGCAUGUUUUGGAGAUGCGUAAUGAGUUGGUCAGUCAAGAGGAGGACACUCUUUUAGAUGGUCUUGGCUCACUUAAUACUGUGGUAUCUGAGACUUUUGUCCGCUUCUUUGUGGAGAUAGUAGGUCACUACUCCUUGUAUAUGACGUCCAAUGAGAAGGAUGAAAGAAUUUUCCUGUGGGAGGCAUUUCGCAAAUCCAUCUCAUCAAAAAGUGUCCGUCGAUUUCUGGAAGUUUUCAUGGAGACGCAGAUGUUUGGAGGAUUUAUUCAAGAUCGAGAGCUGAGGAAGCUUGGGGUGAAAGGUUUAUUUGAGGUUAGAGCACAGGACUACCUUGAAACUCUCCCAGGGAGUGAACAGAGAGGGAUGAACAGAUUUCUCAGAGGUCUAGGUAGCAAAAUGAAAUUCCUUCACAAGAAGUAAACCACCUUUGGGAAGCAUCUUAAUGGCAAAGGCGGCUAGAACCAGCAGUCACUGUAUUUCUCUAUUCGGUGGUUCUUCAAUCUGAAAUUGGCAAUACAUCAAUACACAGAGACACAAGGAGGCUAUUAUAUCAAAGCUGUGCUCACUCUAAAUGUGAAAGCCUUGAGGGGGAAUGAAAUCAGUUCCAGUGACUCUUUAUCGUUUAGACUUGUCUAAAAUCUGCGUCAUCUCAGCCUGGCUUUCUGCUCUCGUUUGAUAUGCGUGACAUCCCACAGGUAAAAUUUUAAGUUUCCUGGAUGAGGCAGAGAAACAAGGGAGAAAACAUCAUUGGAGAGGGCCUUUUUCAGAGAUGGAAGUGCCAGAAGGGAAAGAAGAGAUAAAAGAGGACAUGUGUAAAUAUGUGAAUUUUUUUUAAAACUAAUUUUUGGAUUCUUUACUUGGGUUUAUCCUUGAUCUGCUAUCACAGCACAAUUGAUCUAUCAGUCAGAUGCAGUCAUGCACCACUGAUGUCAUUUAUCUGUUGUUCAGUGUGGAAAGGUAUGGUAGGGCUACUCACUGCUCGAUGACAGACCAAUGCUCUAAAGGAGUGAGGUAUAAAAUGUGUAAUGAAGCGGCGCAGAGCUUCCUGUAUAUUAUUGUCACAAUGUAAAAGACCGAAAUCUCAAAGCACGCAACUGUCAAUGUGCUGUAUACAAGAAGGGUUAUUGGAGAUGACAUUUUCUAUCUGCCCAUGUUUAAACCAAUUGGAAAUCUGAAAAUGUAACUGAUUGCCAUCUCACCAGUUUAAAUUAAGUGUGACCCAGUAACAGUUCAUUGCCCAAGGUUUAUUACUGUGUAGUGGCUGCCAUUAAGAGCAAACUGCCCUGACUCUAAUAAACAGUAACUAACAGGGUAAGUUUGAAAUUAUUGGUCAAUGCCAUUAGAAAGUAAUUCCCUCAUGCAGGAAAUAUGCCACAGAUUUUGUGACUAUAGCUUUGUUUUGUACAUUGCAUUGUACAGAAAAAUCAAGUUUACAGCUACACAGAGUUGGCUUACACCAGCCUUAAAACAGAACAUUGCCACUUUAGCCACAGGCUGCAAACCUGACUAAAUCACCUGUGGAACAAUGUUGUAGCAUAUGAUUCUGCUAUUCAGAAAUUUUAAUGUUUUCUAGCAAUGUCUCAAGAAGAUUUUGAAAAAUCAGGUAUGCUUACCAAUGCU